AUGCUGCUCCAAUGGUGCAAGGGCUACGCCCUUGACAAGAAGCGGAGAUCCCAAGGUGCUGAGAUUGGUCUCCGCAAGCCCCCAAACAUGGUUUUCCUUGGAAACCCUGGGACCGGCAAAACCAAGGUCGCGCGCAUGCUCGCGCACAUUCUUCACAACAUAGGGGCCAUAAGACAUGCCAAAGUCGUCGAGGUGCAAAGGACGGAUCUGGUCGGCUGUUAUGUUGGGCGUACGGGGAUCAAGACGCGUGCGCAGCUGCGCAAAGCAGAGGGAGGCAUCCUCUUUGUUGACGAGGCCUAUCGGCUGCUGACGGCGGAAGACAACACGAGUGACUACGGCCGGGAAGCGCUGGACGAGAUACUGAGUCAGAUGGACAGCAAAGAUCUGGUGGUUAUAUUUGCAGGUUACACGGUACCUAUGAAGAAGGUUCUCGACUGCAACGAGGGCUUUCGCCGUCGCGUGGGGCGCAUAAUUGAGUUCCCGGACUAUACUCCCCUCCAGAUCGUUGACAUAAUGAAUGCCAAGCUAGCUGAGGAACGCACGUGCCUCCAGGGCUUCAAGCUUGCCCCAGACUGUACGCGAGAUGCCGUCGCAGCGCUCAUUGAAAGCGGGAUACCGGCGGAAGAGCGGAGCAAACGGAACGGGGGGCUUGCGGGCACGCUGCCCGAGUACGCGCGCGAGCACCUGGACGGGCGCUUGAGCGCGGAGACCGACGAUUUUGACGAGCUGAUGACGAUAGGGAUGAAGGACCUCGAGGCGGCGGUUUCGCAGGUCGCGUCCUGCGCGAAGUUCUAG